GAGCGAGGAGUCUCCAUCAUCAUGGGCUGCAGGGGUAACUUAGUGUCCAUGCAUGACUAUUAAUUAGGAAAAGUGCACCUCGGAGUUCUUUCUUCUGCUCCCGUUAAACGAAUGAUGUGAAGUUAUCUUUACUCUUCCCACAAGAGAGGCAAAGCAAACUUACCGAGGCGCAAGUGCUUAAUAUAUCUACAGCGCGCUCUGGAGACAUAACUCAGCAGUCAUCACGUCGCUGCAAGAGCAUGGCAAAGUCCUGGCUCCUGUCUUGCCUACCCUGCACUGUCCCAACUCAAAUCACAGAUCAGCAUACUUCCAGCAAAGCUUGCUGAACAGGACUGUGGGAAAGCCAUGCUCUCUGGUUCUUGGCGGCGCUCUUUUGGUCAUCAGCAGCCUGCUGCAGGAUCUGUAGUGAACAGCAGGGGGAUGACGGUGUGUGGAGUCCCCAGUGGUACAGUGGUCCUCGAGGCCCAGUAUGACUACAGCUACCGUGGAGCAGACGGACGGCAGGUUUGCAUACGGGAAGGUGAACGCUUCAUUCUCCUGAAGAAGACGAACGCUGAUUGGUGGCAGGUGCGGAGGAUCGGGGCAGCCAGUAAAGCAAAGCCGCUGUAUGUUCCUGCCACGUAUGUGACCGAGGUACCUAUCGCGCCCAUGCCCUCCCCUCAGCGGCUGACUGCAACUGCCUCACUGAACACCAACUUUAGGAUACUGCCGCGAGUGUCACUGUCUCCCAGCGCAACCGGAGCUACAAAUAAUGAACAGCGCCAAGUGAACAAACUCCUCUAUCACUCCAUGGAAAACCUCAACUCCAACAGUGUCUUCCAAGGUCUGAAAAACAACACCAGCGUGGAUAGAGGUCACUUCCCAACUUUGCCCCUUUCUGGAUUCACCUUUGCUUCCAACUCACCCACCUCCUCAUCAGGCCACCUUAUGGUCCCUGGCUCUCAAGCUACUUCCACAGCAGAAACAGCACCUACAAAUUCCAGGGUAGUUCCCACAAUCACCCGGAGCCAGAGCUCAAACAACCUGCCUGAAAACCUGAUGGAGAAUCCGUAUGAUGAGGUGGGCGGUGGCUUCAGCAGUCGCACAAACCACAGGAUUCCCAAGAAGUCUUGUAGCCAAUGGGACGUAGCAGGAGCUUCAGGCAAGAACAACCAUCUGCAGGUUCCAACAGAGUCUUAUCUCUCCCAGCUGUCCUGGCAGGACUCUCCACUUUAUACUGAAAAGCAGACAGAGAAGCGUCAGUCACAGCCAGAGCCACCUAGCCCCGCUCCAGGUGAGCAGCCUCUUCAGAUCUUGGGCCUAUGGGAGCAGUACUGUGACGCGACCACAGGCAGAUGGUACUAUGUCAACAGCAUUACCAAAGAAAGGUCCUGGAAACCUCCUCGCCGGGCCCGUGGUCAAUAUACCAACCAGGCCGGUCCAGGACAACCUCAGACGUUACCCAGGGACACCAGCCAUCUGUCACUAUCCCUUACUGCAGCAGGAAAUGGAACAACGCACAGGCUGUCACCUGAUUUCCUCUUUGGGAGCCACCAGAGGAAUGCUGACAAUGGCUGGCAGAUGAACCAGAGCAUGCAGCGUGCCGCCUCCUCUGACACCCUGAGCACGAUGGCAUUUAGUGACACCAGAACCCAGUGCGAUGAUUCUGCACCCCUGCAUGAUGUCAAGCAGCAACUCAACCACUCCCAGUCCAUGAUCCUGCCCGACAACAAGCUGGUCCAGCAGUGCAGAGAUUACUCCCGCAAUGUGACCAACAUCGUUGUGGAGCCUCCGUCUCCUGCGAGCUCGCCGGAAAGUGAUGGCUGCACACCGGAGCUGGAGAAAGCGGGCCUGCUGAACAAGACAAAAAUUGCAGAAGGUGGCCGAAAACUGAGGAAAAAUUGGAGCCCUUCCUGGGUGGUGUUAGUGGGGAACAGUUUGGUUUUCUUCAAGGACCCCAAAUCACAGACACCUUCUAGUUGGAAACCGGGAAACAGUCGUCCUGAGAGCAGUGUGGAUUUAAGAGGAGCAAAACUGCACUGGGCCAACGAGCUGUCCAGCAAGAAGAACGUCUUCAAGUUGAGGACUGUGACAGGCAACGAGUUUCUUCUGCAGUCAGAGACGGACUCGCUGAUCAGAGAGUGGUACAGCACCAUCCAGAAUGUCAUCGACAGGCUGGACCGUGAGAAUCCGUUAGACAACGUCCUUCUGUACUCUCUGAGGAGGGCGGGCAGCGUGGAGAUGCUGGACCAAAGCGGUGACGAGGACGACAGGCGACCAUCUCUCCCUCGCUCGACGUCCAACCUGGAAAACACAGAGAGGAAAAGAGUGAAGACGCGGCUGAAGAAGCUGAUCCUAAAGAGACCUCCUCUACAGGCCCUGCAGGAGAAAGGGCUCAUUAAAGAUCAGGUGUUUGGAUGCAGUCUGGAGAUGCUCUGUGAGAGGGAGAGAAGCACCGUCCCUCGCUUCGUCAGACUUUGUACUGAAGCUGUGGAAAGGAGAGGUCUGGAGACCGACGGCAUCUACAGAGUAUCAGGAAACCUGGCUGUGAUACAGAAACUGCGCUUUCUGGUGAACCACGAGCGAGCGGUGACUACCGAUGGCCGUUACAUGUUCCCAGCGGAGUUGGUACAAGAGGAGAAGUUGAAUUUGGACGAGAGCGAGUGGGAGGACAUACAUGUCAUCACGGGAGCUUUGAAACUCUUCUUUCGCGAGCUUCCCGAGCCCCUCGUGCCGUACGGCUUCUUCACCGACAUUGUGGAGACAGUCAAAAUGUCAGACUAUAUGGACAAAAUCGAUCGCUUGAAGUGUCUGGUGCUCAACAUGCCUCCUCCAAACCACGACACGCUACAGUUCAUGUGCCGCCACCUCAAACGAGUGUUGGAGCAAUCUGAAACGAACAGAAUGACCACCCAGAACAUCGGCAUUGUGUUCGGGCCGACGCUGAUGCGCCCAGAGCGGGAUAACGGCAACAUGGCAGUGAACAUGGUUUACCAAAAUCAGGCAGUGGAGCUCAUCCUCACCGAAUUUGACCACAUCUUCGGAACGAGAGGCCUCUCUUGAUCUUUUGCUCCUUGACAUCAGACAAAAGCACAAGUUUUGGAGCAUUUGUCUUCCCUGCCUGUUGACUCAUAUGGUGUAAAAUGGAUUUCACAUCAAAAGAUAAUUACGGGUUAAAAAGAACCAGGACAGAAAGCUGCUAAUCAUGACAUCUGGCGUCCAUAUAAAGCCAUGCUAAAACAAUAAUAGUAAAACAAGCCAAUUUUAGCUCCAGUACUUGUGCCUUUGACUGCAGAUGUGGAGCCCAGCCCCGGUGAACUUCACUGCUGGAACAGACGCCUCCUUGUCACUUUUCCUUGAUGUUUCAGACUUGAUCCAGAUAAAUAAAAAGCCGUAAAAGCGAUAAAUCUUCUCCAGCCUGUCCUGCUAGCGUGUUUCAGUCGGUAAUAAUCGAGGAUUGGGAGGAGGAAUGUGUCUUAAGCUAGCACUGAAACAAAACUUGGCGAAACCAUCUCACUGUGAAAACACAUGCACCAGCACCUCUUCAAACAAGGAUGGACAGAUCCUGCCUGGAUAGACGUGCACAGGUGCCCACAUCUCCACCAUUUUUGCAGGGUUUAUUUGAAGGAAAAAAAAGUAAAAGCAUGAAUUCAGUGGCAGGAUGAAUGUGCCAACAAGGCAGAAAAUGUUCCUUUUUACCAAAUAGUACUUUGUAGUGUCAGAGCAACCCUUAUUUUACUAAUUUGAAUCUGUCUUCUAUUUUUAAUAGUGCAAAUUCCUAAUGUUAAGUUAAAUAUAUUGUUGUAAAUAUGUGAAAUACUGUCUUUCUCAUCUAGUAGCACUUUGCAUACAGUGUUCAACCUAAAUAUUACAAUUAGCUAAAUUCAAACUGAUACUUUUGCUUUGAAAUGAAGAGUGUUGGAUCUGACUGUUUACUCCUCCUGCAAUAAAAAUAUGUGAACAAACUGA